AUGGCGGAACUAAGCAAUAUUACUGAAGAUAAGACAACCCUAAAACAGUCCUGCUCGGCAGAAUUUACUGAAGAAGUGCAUGGUGAGCUGAUCUUUCUUCCGGCAAUAAAUAUCUUUUUCUCUUUUACUGCAUUUCUGGGGAACACUCUGAUCUUAGUUGCCUUACACAAAGAAUCUUCACUUCAUCCAGCGUCCAAACUCCUGUAUCGUAACCUAGCGAUAACUGAUCUCUGUGUUGGUAUCAUUGUGGAGCCUCUGGAUGUUGUUUCUUGGAUUUCGAUGCUGAACGAAAAAUGGAAUAUUUGCUAUUUCGCAAGUUUAACAAAUUUUAUGUCAGGUUUCCUUUUAUGUGCGGUUUCUUUAUUUACACUCGCCGCAUUAAGCGUGGACAGACUUCUCGCUCUUGUGCUUGGACUUAGAUACAGAAAAGUUGUAACUUUGAGGAGAACAUAUUUAAUUGUAGCUGCCAUGUGGAUUUUGUCCAUAGUCUUCGCAUUAUGCUCAUUGAUCUACUUUUGGAAUCCUCAGAGUCAUGUUCCAUCACGGCUGUAUGGCACAGUAAUCCUUGUAUGUCUUUCAAUCUCUCUUUUUUCAUACACAAAAAUCUUUAUCACUCUUCGUCAUAACCACACAGGGCAACCGAGCCAAGCCGUUACCCUAAACACAGCUCGGUACAGAAAGGCAGUGUACAUUGCACUGUGGGUGCAGGUAACAUUGGUUGCUUGCUAUCUGCCGUUCUUUAUUAUCGCCAUAAUAAUGGCAUUUCAAAGAGGAAGGCUGUCUUCUUCGGUCUGGCUUGCUUCGCAAUUUACGGCUACUUUGGUUUAUCUAAACUCGUCCUUUAACCCAUUGCUUUACGGUUGGAAGAUCAGAGAAGUAAGGAAAGCUGUAAAAGAAACAUUAAGGAAACUUUUUCGUUUAUCGAGUUAGUUUACCAUACCUCUCAGCUAAAAAUUCAUGUUAUUUUAAAAGUAUUGAUUUCACUGUCCUUCAUGAUUGAACACGCCGAGCGGUUUUUGUUAUCACCUUCAUGAUAUAGUUUACAUACAAUACUAAACCAGGAAGUAUCUCAAAGCUAAAAAGUUUUAUUACAUCGCUAGUGAUAUUUCGUCUUCUUAUAAAAUGUUUAAUCCAAAAGAGCAUUGUAAAAAAAUGAAUAGUGUAUUAAACGAGGAAGUAGAAUGUAUAGCGAAUUAGAUGUAAUGUAUAAGCGACUUCUGGCCCCUUUCUCCUGUUCUUUUAAUUAUCGAUUUAAUUAGUGAACAGAAUGGUGAAAGCCGUUAUUUGUCAGGUAAAAAUGUUUUUUAAAAGGACAAUAAUAAAGAAUCAUGAUUUUUUGUCUUAGUAGUUGCGAUGUAGUCACUUUUGCAGUUAGAAUCGCUACGUUUCGAAUCUUCGAAUGAAUAAUAAGCCUUGAAAAAAUCCGGUUUUUACUUCUGAAAAUGAAUGCCAUAAAACACCUUAAAGUCAAAUCCAAAAUUCCUAUAUUAUCAAAAACCUGUUGGAUUGGGGCAAAUUUUCUAUAGCAGCUUUGGAAGGCGAACUCAACAAGAUCUGCUGAGCCAGAAUUUUGCAGUCACUGACAAAACCUGCACAAACGCUAGAAUUUUUUUUCCACACCUGCCAACUUGCCUAAAAGAUACCUUGUUCACCCCCCAAAAGUUGCAUAGCCAUUGAUUUAAAUUUCGCCUGGGUAUUACAGUAGUCCAAAGAAAAAGGCUUAUAAACAAUGGUUAUAAAAUUUUGACGAGUAGGCAAACGCGUGAGAAAUUACAGUGUUUGUAUGAGAAUCUAAUGUCGAAUAAUUUCCGUAAAACCGCUGUUCUGAAAAAAAUAUCGAUUGUAAACUAAAACUACAAAGCAAAGGAUUGUACUAAAAAAUUUGGUGGGUGUACCCGCGCUUAAAUUUCUCCAGAGGCUUGCUUUAGAUUUUCCAUUAAUUUGUCUGUAAUCUUCCCGGGACUUUCUUACAGACUAAUGUAUAGAAAACUUUAAAAAAUGGUUCUAGGUCUUCUAGUGCAUGUAACGCCCUCAAAGUUUUUCAGGAGAAUCCUUAGGAGUGAAGCUUUAGUUUACAAAUCAUAUUUUUUUCAGAACAGCCGUUCCACGGAAAUUAUUGGACAUUAGAUUCUCAUACAAACACCGUAAUUUCUCACGCGUUUGCCUACUCGUCAAGAUGGUGUUAAUAUCAUGACUGUGGGCAAUGUUGUGUGGGUAGCCUGCGAAAACAUCCGUUUCUCCUCGCUCUUCGCCGCUGGGGACGUUUCGCGCGAAACGUUCCCAUCGGCAAAGAGCGAGGAGAAAUGGAUGUUGUCGCAGGCUAUGUACGGGUAAAGCCGCUGACCAAUACUGCAUGUGGGUCUUGAAAAAUUGCAAACAAUGGUUUCAGGAUUGAUUGUGACGAAUCUCUUCCAUGUUUAACGCUUUUUUUGGAAAAUGAUGUUGCACAAAAUUUUUGUAAAUACAGCAAAUGAGCCCCCCUCCCCCGUAUGAAUUAAGCUUCUUCUAUAAUUGUACCUCUUCCCCUCCAAAGCCUCCGCCUUUCUCUGGGACGUAAAAAAAAUCCCUCGUGUUUCACGCAAAUCUUUUCGCUACUUCUUUCUACUGCUUUCGCACUCGUAGUUUUUGCUUUGCUUACGUUCUUAGCGGUUCCCUCUUAACAUUCUGAGCUCGACUCAUUUUGGGUCCGAGUCCUGUGUCGCAUACUGAUUUUUAAGUAACAGCUGUAAACAGUCGGUAUCAGUUAAUCUACCUCGUUCCCAGGGUUCUCCCCUACCCUACUCUCUCUCGCUCCGUGGGGUGGGUAGGAGAGAACCCUGGGAAAGAGGUUGGCAGUUAAUUUGCUGCCUUUUACAUUUGUCGCUGCCAUUAUGGUCAUGUAAAAUCUCGCAAAAAAAAAAAAAAAAUAGAAAAGAGCAGUGAAAAAAGGUACAGGAAAAGAAAGUAAAAAACGAAUAAAAAUUACGUGUUAUAAACUCUUAUUUACUCGCCAUUAACGUACUGAUUAUCCUAAAUAGUAGCCAGGUAUCUAUACUGAUUACUGGCCGUUCUGCCAAUAAGAACACUGAAAUGACACCCGUUAUAAUUUUAAGAAAAAUAAUGUUGAAUCUCCGAGAGUGAAUACGUUUGAUACUUAGCUAAGUCAGCUAUACCCAACGUCUUUGGAGCUUAGUUCAAUGAAUGGAAACGAUGUUUCAUGGCGUUUUCAAUAUACCUUUCACAAGCUGUAUUAAUUAUGUAUUCAAAUUUUUUUUUGAGCACUGAGUAGUAGCAAUAGCCUGCUUAUACGACUCUCACUUUUGUGUUUGGUGUAGCAAAUCUUUUUGCUACUUCUUUCUACUGCUUUCGUACUUGUAGUUUUUGUUUGCUUACGUUCUCAGCGGUUCCCGCUUGGCAUUCUCAGCUCGAAUCAUUUUGGGUCCGAAUCUUGUGGCGCAUACUGAUUUUUAAGUGUCAACUGCAAACAGUUAGUACCAGUUAAUUUGCUGUCUUUUACAUUUGUCGCUUCCAUUAUGGUCAUGUAAAAUCUCGCCAAAAAAAAAAAAAAAAUAGAGCAGUGAAAAAAGGUACAGGCCAUCAAACUUAAAAUACGAAUAAAAAACUACAUGUUAUGAAUUUUUAUAUUUACUCGCCUUAAACGUAUAUUAACAUAAACAGCAGCCAGGUGUCUAUACUGAUAAGGGCAGUUCUGAUAUUAAAAAAUGACAUCCGUUAUAAUUUUAAUAAAAGAUGAUGUUGAAUCUUUGAGAAAGAAAACGUUUAAUGCUUAGCUAUGUCGUAUAUACCCAUGAGUUUUGGAUCUUAGUUCUCUUAAUCGAAACGAAUUUUUAUGGGGUUUUCAAUUUCCGACUUUAUAACAGUCCAAAAAAUUACAGUCUACAGACACCCUGACAGGUUUGCACCUCUAAUUAAAAGGCUUCCUCUCUACGCCUCCUUUUACGAUUAAUGUUUAUAUGCUCAUCAGUCAAACCUAACAAUGCCAGCAAUUUAAUUGAAACUAUAAAACAUACGAACAUGUGCUUUAAUCAUCUGAAAAAUGUUAUAUAGGAAUCAGCUAAUAAACGUAAGAGACGCCUUUUUAAUCUUUACUGGUUAGAAUUUCUAUGUCGCAAUGAAGUUAUUCACAAUUUUAUAUCAUACUCACCAGGACCCGAAUCGACAUUGUGUCCAAUUUAAGCUAGGUCUCUCUUCCUUAGGAUGAUUUUACGACUUAAUGAGUAAAUUCUGUUUUGAUAUUUAAGGUGACUCGACCCAGUUUUUUUGGGGGGAUACCAUCCUACUUUGAAGCUCUCUGGUAUCCCCACCUUUACUUUUAUCGUAAGUCUAACACAUAGAAUGGAUAACAUAUAGAUCAAUCUACAAUAUAACAUAAAAUUUUUGGCGAUCGGAGUAAAUGUCACGUGGUUAUAAUGCCACGCCCCUUUGAGGUCUGAGUCGAAAAUCUGCUGUUGCCGGCAUUUUUUCGUGAAAAUCUCUCGGCUACACAUAGUGCGCAUUAGUGCCUUGCGCUGAACAGAGUUUCGCCAAAAUCGCAAAGACCCAAUUCGAGAAAUUCAGCGGUUUCCAAAUUUAGGUCAUAAUUUAUGCGAAAAUGAUAAGCAAACUUUACACGGAUUAUAUCUAAUAAACUAUGAGAUUCAUCUCUGUAUUUUGGGCAUCCUUAUAACAGAUGGGUCCUUGCAAGUCAGCAAAACGCUUUAGGGCCUUGUAAAUGCGCGCGAUUUCGAGCAAAGCAAACAUUUAGAAAUUAUAGUUUUCGCUAUUUGUUGACGUUUGUCAGCGUUUAAGAGUCAAUCUCACGAAAAAAGCAUUUUCUUAAAAAUUCGUAGUUUUUUUUCCUUCAAAUUUUUUCAGGGCCACAAUUGAUUAACUAACUACCCGGACUCUGAAUUUCAUGGUCAUUGAAAAACUGUGACAUUACCUUCUAUAAGCCCAAACUUGAGUAAACAAUGAAGAUUUUUAGCGUUUUGGCUGAGUUUGUGCUUGGGGAGUUGUCUAUUGUUUCUAGUCUGUCAUUAUACAGCAUUCUUGUUCAGCACGCGUGCAAUGACCGCGCUUGAGCUGCGCUUGGCUGACUUCCGAAUAUGAUAAUGUUGGUACAGUGAGACAGGCCAUCGGGUGAUACAUAGAGGUUUAACUCACAACUUUUACUCAAUUCUCGUGCUUCUUGUGCCUUUGCAAAAAAAUCAAGAAGUGCUACACACUAAAUCUACUUACUAUUAAAAAAAAUAUCUUUUUUUGGUAGGUUUAAUGCAAGCCAAUAAUUAAACCAACUCGUGACGGGAAUCCCUUCUAUUUUCUUAUACUAAAUUAUCAUAUCUCGGUGAGCAUUCGGAAGUCAGCCAAGCGUGGUUAUUGCACGCGUGCUGAGCAAGAAUGCUGUAUAAUGACAGACUAGAAACAAUACACAACUCCCAAAGCACAAACUCAGCCAAAACGCUGAAAAUCUCCAAUGUUUACUCAAGUUUGGGCUUAUAGAAGGUAAUGUCACAGUUUUUCAAUGACCAUGAAAUUCAGAGUCCGGGUAGUUAGUUAAUCAGUUGUGGCCCUGAAAAAAUUUGAAGGAAAAAAAACUACAAAUUUUUAAGAAAAUGCUUUUUUCGUGAGAUUGACUCUUAAACGCUGACAAACGUCAACAAUUAGCGAAAACUAUAAUUUCUAUAUGUUUGCUUUGCUCGAAAUCGCGCGCAUUUACAAGGCCCUAAAGCGUUUUGCUGACUUGCAGGGACCCAUCUGUAUAAGGAUGCCCAAAAUACAGAGAUCAAUUUCAUAGUUUAUUAGAUAUAAACCGUGUAAAGUUUGCUUAUCAUUUUCGCAUAAAUUAUGACCUAAAUUUGGAAACCGCUGAAUUUCUCGAAUUGGGUCUUUGAGAUUUUGGUGAAACUCUGUUCAGCGCAAGGCACUUAUGUGCACUAUGUGUAGCCAAGAGAUUUUCACGAAAAAAUGCCGGCAACAGCAGAUUUUCGACUCAGACCUUACAGGGGCGUGGCAUUAUAACCGCGUGACAUUUACUCCGAUCGCCCAAAAUUUUAUGUUAUAUUGUACAUUGAUCUAUAUGUUGUUCAUUCUAUGUGUUAGACUUACGAUAAAAGUAAAGGUGGGGAUACCAGAGAGCUUCAAAGUAGGUUGGUACCCCCUAAAAAAAACUGGGUCGAGUCACCUUAAUGCUCCUCCAGCUUUCGAUACAGAAACGCAGUGUACAGUGCACUGUGGGUGCAGGUAGCAUUGGUUGCUUGCUAUCUGCCGUUCUUUAUUACCGCAAUAGUAUUGGCAUCUCAAAGAGGAAGAAGGGUGUCUUCUUCGGUUUGGCUUGCUUCGCAAUUUGCGGCUACUUUGGUUUAUCUAAACUCUUCCUUUAACCCAUUGCUUUACAGUUGGAAGAUCAGAGAAGUAAGGAAAGCUGUAAAAGAAACAUUAAGGAAACUUUUUCGUUUAUCGAGUUAGUAUACCAUACCUCUCAGCUAAAAAUUCAUGUUAUUUUAAAAGUAUUGAUUUCACUGUCCUUCAUGAUUGAACACGCCGAGCGGUUUUUGUUAUCACCUCCAUGAUAUAGUUUACAUACAAUACUAAACCAGGAAGUAUCUCAAAGCUAAAAAGUUUUAUUACAUCUCUGGUGAUAUUUCGUCUUCUUAUAAAAUGUUUAAUCCAAAAGAGCAUUGUAAAAAAAUGAAUAGUGUACUAAACGAGAAGGUAGAAUGUAUAGCAAAUUAGAUGUAAUGUAUAGGCGACUUCUGGCCCCUUUCUCCUGUUCUUAUAGAUUUAAUUACUGAACAGAAUGGUGGAAGCCCUUAUUUGUCA